AUGGCGCCGGACCUCCACCGCGAGACGCUCGCGCUGCGCUACUGCUCGCCGACGCCGGAUGCGCCCAAGCCCAAGACCUCGCGCGUCAUGCGCAAGCUCGAGAACGUCCAGGCGACGCUCGGGUGCCCGCUCCUCAUCGUAAACCGCCCGACGCGGUCGCAGACGGUCGGGACGCUGCCAAAGCUCAACAAACACAACUUUGCCGAAGUCAUACUGCCCGCGCCGCCGCUCACGCGAUCGACAACCGUGCCUGCUUCGGCACCGGCGUUCCUGCCGCAGCCGACGCUGCCACCGCGCGCGCACCACAGCGUCACGACGACGACCCCGCCGCGCCUCUUCCGCGCACGCACCGCCGAGCUCUAA